CGGAGAAUGAUCCAUUUUGUCGGGUAUCGUUCUAUCCGUCGAUGAUAACCCACCAGUUGGUGUUCGAUUAUAAGUUUACAAUUGUGUUCUGAUAAGACUGAGAAGUGACUUUCCUUUUAGGUUAACAUAAUCCAAAUCGUUCGGCAUGAUUAACCUCAAAAUUGCAGUGACAUGUAUCAGUUUAGGCAACAAUGACCAGAUUUAACUCGUGUCCAUUCGAUGAGUGCAAGCAUUGACGAUGGAACGUUGGAAGCUAUGGACAGUCUCUCAUUCAAAAACUUCAAAACUCACCAGUUGGAACAGGCCUUGACCGACCGACCACACCUUCAAUCCAUCAUCUCGUUACGUUGAUUUCAAGAACCGAAACACAUUUCAACGGUCUGUUUUGGGUAGAAUUUAUACAGAAGUCAUAUUUGCCAUACUCUUUUGAGAUCAAUUUAUGUCACACAGUGUUUGUUUAGUACACCAAUUGACACCGAAACAUACGUACCAAUCGAAUCGUGUAUCGGGAAUUCUACAGAUUUUCAUGAUUCUAGCAACACCGCGUAACAUAUAGCAUCAAUGUUCAAUACCCUAGGAGGCUACGACUAUGUCGAAUUACCGAUCUCCUCUUCUUUGCUCCGACAUGAGACCAGAGACGGGAAGCUAGCGUACCCGAUUUGCCUGCACGCCAGAGGUGCAGAUGUUUUUUUUAAUUCAACCAUGUAGACCCAUUUGGUGAUUUUGACGAAUCCGUCGACAUAUGCAGCAGCAGGUAUUAUUCCCAACUCCAGCACUGUUCAUCCACGCUUGACACCUCCUCCACUGUUUUCCCGCGUAAAGUCUGCAACUUUGUGAAGCAACCCCCUUUUUUCAUUAACCUCUAGCUAGUGUCACCCAAAAAACGAAAAUGGGGAGAGGAGGAAGCCAAAAGAACAAAACAAACCCACCAAGGAGUUGCCUUAAAACCCACGCUUCUUCCCCUCCCUUCCAAAAGAAGAAAGUGCAGAAGAAAACAGGGGAAGAAAAGAUCAAACAACUCUUUUCAAAAAUAGAGAAAGCCUCUGGUUUUUUUCCUCCCCUCCAUACUGCUCUUCUUUUUAAACAAUAAAUACCUCAUCUGCGACUUUCUCCUCUCCUUUCUCUCAAUGGCGUCUCCCUUCCUCAGUUCCCCCUGAAUUCAUCUACCUUUCCUCCUCCCCCAACUUCCUCAUCAUAGCCUUUUUUUUUUUCUCUCGCUUUCUCUCCAUCUUUAUCUCUUUAGGCUAUCACCAGUUCAAUUUCCAUCCAAUUUCGUCUCUUCUCUUCUCUCUUAUGUAAUCGCGUAUGGCCACUCAGCAGAGCAGCCCUUUUCAAGAAAUUCCUCCCUUUCCCUGCUUCAUCUUUUAGCCGUCGACCCCUUUUCAUCUCCUUUUUCCUCACCCUUUCCUGCUGCUAAUUCACUGUAACUCCCCACUUUCGCUGCCUGCUUUCCUCUGGUUCUCAAGGUUAAUUGAAUUCAGACAAUUGCCUUUUCCGUUUCUUCUUCUUCUACUUCUCCCCGCUUUUGCUGUUUUUUGGGGGGUGUGGUUCCAACUUUCGGGUUUAUCUCAAGUUUCAUUUUUUUCUCUGUUAAGGAAAAAAUGGAAGAUAGCGUUGCGUGUGGAGUUGGUAACGAGGAAGAUCAGAUGGAUCUGCCACCAGGGUUCCGUUUCCACCCAGCUGACGAAGAACUCAUCUCGCACUAUCUCUACAACAAGGUUCUGGACACCAAUUUCUCCUGCAGAGCGAUCGGCGAUGUCGAUUUGAACAAGUCCGAGCCCUGGGAAUUGCCCUGGAAGGCGAAGAUGGGGGAGAAAGAGUGGUAUUUCUUCUGCGUGAGGGACAGGAAGUACCCAACAGGGCUGAGAACAAACAGAGCAACGGAAGCUGGAUACUGGAAGGCAACGGGGAAAGACAAGGAGAUUUACAGAGGCAAAUCCCUCGUCGGGAUGAAGAAAACCCUCGUCUUCUACAAAGGCAGAGCACCAAAAGGAGAAAAAAGCGAUUGGGUUAUGCACGAGUAUCGAUUGGACGGCAAAUUCUCUAUCCACAACCUCCCCAAAACGGCCAAGAACGAGUGGGUGAUUUGCAGGGUGUUUCAGAAGACCAACAGCGGGAAGAAAACCCACAUCUCCGGAUUACUCCGAUUCGCCGAACUGGGUUCUUCCUCUCUGCUGCCACCGUUGAUGGAAUCGCCGUCAGCUUACAGCGGCGAUCAGAAACUCAAGCCAGCCGGGGCCGAAUCCUCUUCGGCCUACGUGCCCUGCUUCUCCAAUCCCAAAACCAACAGCGACGAAAGACCAAUUGUUACCAACAACGAGAUUCUAUCAAAUCCAAUUCCUUCUUCUUCUUCCCCGUUUCCUCUCUACUCGGCCCAUUACAAUUCCCACUUCUCCCCAUCCAAUUUCCAGUUCUCUUCCACCCAGAUGCAACAGGACAACAACUCGACUCUUCUUCGAGCACUGCUGGAGAAACAAGGAGGAGGGUUGAAUCUUAAGCAGAAUUUCGGAGCUGCUGACAAUGGGGAGAUGAACGCUGAAAUUUCUUCCGUCGUGUCGCAGGGAGCUCCUCUCGACUGUUUUUGGAACUAUUGAUUGAUUUACUCGGCUUGCUUGGUGCAGUACUACCCUGGGCAACAACACACAAACCCAUCACACUGCAGAAAAGGGAGAAUGGAAAAGCUUGAAUACAGUGUUCAUAGUCAGUGGUUUAGUUUUACUGUUUGUUUGUUUUGUUUCUUAUCAUUAUCCUCCAUGUUUGUCAUUUACUGUGAUUAUGAUUACUGUUCUCGUUGGAGCCUGAGAAGAUUUACGUCAAGAAAAGAGGGUGGUUGGAGUCUGUCUUGUAUAUAGAUUUGUUUCGAUACAGAAGAAGAAGAAGAAGCAUAUUAAUCAUGGUGAUAUAAUUGUGAUGUGAGGAGAUUUUACUCUUUAUCAACACUUUUGCUUUUGUUGGUCAUUUGGCAAAGCUACCAAAUACACAGUUAACUCUGAUGGAGAUGUCUGAUCUCUCAUGUUGUGUUUAUUGGUACAUGUAUCAGGUGGUUUAGGUAGACGGACCUACAUUGAUAUCUCUCAUUGUUGUUUUUUGUAGUGAAAUAUAUCUCCCUAUCGACUUUUCGAUGAACAUAAUCUAAAUCGUUGGAAUGGCUGGUCUUGUAAUCACAACCAUAGAUGUUGAUUUAGUGAACAAUGAUCCGCUUAACUUGUGCCUACAUACUUAUGACUAGCUAUCCGUCCAUUCAGCGAGUGGUCUCCAGCCUCCCUUUGACAAGAUAGUUGGACGCUAUGGAGAGUCUCUCGGAGAGACUUGCUUCGCAAGGGUGGCUUUCGAUGUCCCCAUUUCAAAUCCAUACAACAUAUCUAUCGUGUGUUCCUACUGACACGAGUAGAGGCUAUCAAUGUGAUUUUCUAACAAGAAUUCUUAAGUUUUUUAUGUGCCCGAAGAAUCAAAAGACCUUCUACAUGUUAGUUGUUACCUACCUCCCAUCUGUGAAGUGAAAAUACCAAAGUUCAAAACUAACUAGUUGUAAGAGCAUAAUCGCAUUGACGUUUGACCCUCAAUACAUAUCCCACAGUCCCAUUGUGUCCGUUCCAUGAACGGAAACACAUUUCCGACGCCUCCAUUGGGUAAAAGUUACACAUUUGUAAUGUUUUUUCAUGUAUUUGUGAGCAAUCUAUGUUACAUGGUGUUUAUUUGCAUGCAUAAACUCUAACAUUGCAC